CAAAUAUUUGGUAUUUAUGUAUUUUAUGUUAUAACCCUUGGUUCAAGUCUAUUCAUUAUUAUCUGUUUCAUAUCUAAUAUAAAAUAUAGGGUAUGUAUAAUGUAACAAUAAACACUUUAGAAGCGGUGUGUAAAGACUAAAGAACAAGAUGACUGCUGCUGAAAAUAUUUACGUUUUGGAUGGCGGAUUUUCAUCGCAAAUAUCGCGACACGUGGGUUCGACAGCGGACGGAGAUCCAUUAUGGACUGCGAGCUUUCUGCAAACUAACCCUACAGAUGUUAUGAAGACGCAUUUAGAUUUUCUACGUGCCGGCGCCGACGUCAUAAGCACCAACACGUACCAAGCGUCGAUUCCGGGGUUUGUAAAGCGAUUUAAUAUAACUGAGGGUGAAGCUUACAGUCUUAUACACCUCGCAGUUAGCCUGGCUAAGGAGGCUGUGGGUAAAUACAACGAGGAACGCCGUGACCGAGGUCUACCCGCCCGCGAGCCUAUCAUAGCUGGAUCCGUGGGUCCAUACGGCGCAUAUCUGCACGACGGCUCAGAGUACACCGGUAGCUACGCUGACAAAACGCCCGCUGAACUCAUGAGGGACUGGCACAAACCUCGGAUAGAUACUUUAGUUGAGUCCGGUAUCAAGUUACUGGCUCUUGAAACUAUUCCCUGCGAGGUAGAAGCUCUAGUCCUGGUAGAACUGUUGAAAGAGUAUCCCGGUGUCAAAGCCUGGAUGUCUUUCAGUUGCAAAGACGGGACGAGUCUAGUACAUGAUGAAGAUUUUAAAUCUGUCGCUAGAAAGUGUUGGAAUUUAAACUCAGAACAGUUAGUCGGUGUAGGAGUAAACUGCUGCCCUCCAGAAACUGUCAUUGCAGCUGUUAAGGCUUUGAAUGAUGGUGAAAAAGACAAAAUACCUUUUGUGACUUAUCCAAACUCGGGUGAAAAAUAUAACUCCCAGUUGGGCUGGACUGAUAAGGACAAGUGUAAGCCGCUGGCAACUUAUGUAGAUAGUUGGUUGGAUAAUAAUGUUAGGUAUAUUGGAGGGUGCUGCAGGACCUAUGCAGAAGACAUUGCAGACAUACACAAGCAAAGAGUGUUUGGCAUCUCUGCUAAACAGAAGAAAUGGGACACAACCAUCAAGAAAUUUACGAAAGAAAAUGAUGAUUUGAGAGAAGCUAAUCAACAGCUAAGAUUUGAAAACACUAAACUAAUAAAGGAUAUGGGCAAGAGAAAAGACGACCAGUUUUCUGACUACCUGCUACUGAUGCGAGAAAGAGACGCACGAUACACCCUGUACUUCGAAAAUGUGGCCUUGCACCUGAAACUGAAGGAGCUGGACGGCACCAGCCGAGGUGCCGUAGAAUACUCUCAUGGAGACCCUGUGGUGCUAAGGAUAGCUCUGGACAGGUGUCGAGAGCAACUAUCCACCACCCAGACGAAUCUGAAGCGCAUGAUGGAGGAGUACUCGGAGACCGUCCCGCGCCGAGACCACGAAGCGCUGGAGACCAAGCACUGCGAUCUCAACAAGACUCUUGAUGCCGUGAGAACUGAGUAUGAGGCUCUGCAGAACGCUUAUAGGCGACUUGUUGGUCAGAAGAAGUCCAUGGAAGAGGAACUCCUGGAGUGCCAGGAGCGGUGCCGCGAGCUGGAGCGCAGCGGCACGCCGCGGCCACGCUGGGAGGUGUGUGCGGAUUUCAUCGGCGGGGGGAGGGACAGAUGGCGUCAGUUGGCGGAUGGUCUGUCUUCCCGGGAGCGGCUGCUGGUGCUGCUGAAGGAGUUGGGCCCGGCCGCCGAGAGCGAACAUUUAGAGUAUUUCGAUGGUCUGGGCACAGACCCCUCCAUCCCGGCGUACCUGCGUCACAGCGGGCGCGUCCGCAACCUGCGGCUGUCGCGGCGCGAGCUCAGCGUCAUCAUCAAUGACAUCUGGCGCAGCAAGCGGCACGCGACCCACGUGCCCAUGCAGGACUUCGUCACGAGGUACUUCGAGGAGAGAUACCAGCAGCCAUCGGUGCGCGCGGAGUGGGCGUACAACGUGUGCGCGGGCGCGGAGCAGACUCUGGACGAGGCGCAGGCGCGGCUGUGGUGGGGCGCGCUCACCGCCGCCCUGGACGAGCGCGUGUACUGGGCGCUGCGCCGGCAAUGGGACGGGCUGCGGGACGCCUGCGGGCUCCGGGGGCAGGAGACCAUAAGCCUGGAAGAGUUUGAGAAGGCGGCACGCGCGCUGUUUCCGCUGAAGAGCGAGGUGGACAUCAAGAACCUGACGGACGUGGUCAAGAGACAGCUCAAACUGAAGCUCAACCAUACAGAGAUACACCUGGACAAGCUGUUUUAUGAGAGCGAGGAAGGCUUCGACCGCACUGAGCUAGCGCGCGAGUUGUACCGGCAGCGGCAGCAGGCGCAGGACAAGUACCUCCGGGAGCUGCUGGCCGAGCUCGCCCCGCGCCGCCCGCACCCCGAACAUCGUGCUGUCUCUGUCGACGCCCUGAAGCGGGCCUUCGCUAUCAUCGAUCCCGCUAUAGAUCACAUUCGUAUGGAAAGAUACAUCCGGUGGGCGUUCUCGGAUCAGACCUCCGACUUGAGUAGCAUCAACCCCCUGCCUCUUCGCACCAUCAUCACCCGCCUUGCUUCUGGAGACAUCGAACGUGUCGGACCGCGACAGAAAGGAGCCAGAAAAAUAAAAAUAUAAGCAAA